AUGGUUAAAAUACAUAUAGAAAAAUUUUUUUUUGCUGUAAACUUGUUUCUAUACCUAAGUGAUAAAUGUUUUGCAAUAGAACAUGCUUCAAGUAGCGAUACUAUAAACGAAGAUGAAAAGGUUUUAGUUAAUACUACUUUGCAAGAAACUAUUUCAUCCAAUGAUGUUUCACAAAAUAAUAGUACAGAUAUUGAUUCUACGCUUAAACUUGUAUCAUCUAAUUUUGAUCUACCAAAAUUUGCUAGUUCGAGUAUAAGUCUUAAAAAUGGGAAAUCACAAGUGUGCACUGAUCCUGAAGAAAUCAAAAAAGUAACGGAAAUUAUGGACGAAGCUGUAUAUCGCUUAAAAUACCAUUCUAAUUUUAAUAAUGGUUAUAAUCAUUAUUAUGUUGGCAAUGAAGAGUUAUCUUUAUGUUUUACGGAAGACAACGGAAUAAAAUUUGAAAGAUUCCAUCUUGUGAUCCCCAAUCCAGAUAAUUAUGAAGAAAUAGUAAAAAUGUUUUACACAUUUAGAGGCAUUCCCUAUAUGGAUAACUUCGAUUUUACGGAAAAAUUGGUUCACGAAUAUUAUUCAAAUUUAUCAUUGAUGUAUAAUAGUUAUGAAAGCCGAACCACACCAUUCUGUGGAUAUAGUUUUGUUUUAUCUGCAGAUAUUCAAGUAUCAGAAGACAUAACAAUGUUUGUUCAAACAUCAGUAGAUAUAGAUGACCACAACGAGUUCGAUACCGAAAAAUAUAAAAACACUAUUGUAGAAAGUGCAAAUUCAUUAAAUAUUGAUGUUUAUGCGAACGAAUAUGACCAAAUGGAAAACAAAACAAAAUUGUUUGUUAAUUUAUCUGGAAUUAUCGUUAAAAAAAAAAGCGACAGUGUUCGUGUUACAUACGUCAACUCUAUUCAUAAUGGUGACUCCUUUCCAAAAGAUUUUUGUGACAAACAAUUUAGAGUAAAAAAUAUGCUAUAUUUGAUCGAUUUAUUAAAAAAUAGUUUUAAAUAA